GUUUCAAAAGUGUUCUUAAUUUGUUUGCUUAUUGACCUUAAAUAAUCCAUAAAAUUGUACAAAUUACAUGACCUGUUGACAUUGAUACCGUUAAACAGUUAAUUGUUUGUUCAUGCAUUUAAGACUACAAAUUUGAAUUUCAUGGCAGAGGUUUUAAGUAAAAUGUUGUAUUUGAAGCGUAACAGUUUCUCAGUCAUGAUCGUAUUAAACGCACUUCUUUUUGUUGUUUUUGUGUCUCCUGUGUUCGGUCAGGAGAACCAAGCGUUAGGUCCCGCAACGCCCACAAGUGCGCUCCCUAUACCGUUCAUGGAUUUGUUUACUGCACCAUCAAAUUAUUACUCGGAACAGGUUCGGAAGACAUAUUCUGAUCCUGGAUACUCUUAUCAUGUGUCGUGUCCGAAGUCCGAUUCUCUCUCUUCGUUGGCUAGUGUUUUAGGAAGUGCCGCUAAAAUAAUGAUGUCCGCUGCUGUUAUAGUGUUCCUUAAAGUGGCGGCUGGUAAAAUGUUGUUGCUACCGCUCACAGUGAUGAUUAUCGCCAAGGCAGGAUUAAAGGCGUUCCUGUUGUGGCCCAUGAUAUCGAAGAUGAUCAAAUAUUUUAAUAAGAAAAAGAAAAAAGGUCACAAAUCAAGAAUGAUCAUGGAUUGUUCGGAAAGAAUCGCUUGUGUUAUUCAGAGAGCUUCGAGGAACGGCUGGGCAAGCCACUUGGGUGCGGCUGCUACUUUUUCCAUGAUAAACGACAUCGAGGAAGACGCUCCAUUUGCCAAGGUUCUACUCAGUGUUUUGGCUGGCGAUAAGAUUGCACAAUGUAUGUCACUGGACUGCGGUUCCGGAAUCAAUAUUAGCUGACACUUAUAACACUAAUAAAGUAAAAUGCA